AUGGUUGGUUGUGAGAAGGCCCUCGGCUUGGACUCUAAAAUGUUUGAGGACUUGUGGUUACAUUGCCAGUAUUCAUCGAUCGAUAAAGAGAUCAUGUGGAGCUUAGCGGUUUUCAGUGUUACGCAUGUAUUUACAGCCGACGGCACCUUUGAAAUGGCCCGAUUCUUCCACGUGGAGUCAUCACUGGUCCUUGUGAUGAGAAUUAAUCGGUGUUCACUCGACGCUGAACAGAUGUACGCACACUACAGCUGCACAAGUUCGUCAGUUUCUCUUGUGACACCAUUGGGUUCUGUUGCGUGCAGUACUUGCACAGCUUCAGUGUUCCAUACUAAACAGCCUCGGUACCACAGUCUUGUGUAUCGGCAGCACACGAAGGAGAAUUUCGGCUUGCAUAUAGAAUCUGUAUUCAGUACCUUAUCGCAAGGGAGAAUGUGCUACUGGGCUCUAGUGUCCUUCGUCCUUGUGGCGGCCCUCCAAAGCGACAUCGCAGCGUGCCAGGAAUCCUGCCAGCCAGAGUGCACUGGAGCCAAGCCCUUCGUUCCACCUAUGAACUGCACUCGUUAUUACUUCUGCUUGGCUGACGGAAGCCCAACAGACGCUCCACUGACGUGCAAAGACGGGAUGGAAUUCAACCCCGAGACGGGUUACUGCGAACCGGGAGAUCCUGCGAAUCCUUGUACUGCGCUCUGCCCGGUCCCCCAGUGCAGCUUCAAGUGCACCCUCGGCGGUGAAAGCGUUGGUUUGGUCCGGGACCCUUACGACUGCGGUAUGUUUCACGUGUGCACGCCAGCCGGUACAUUCGGGCCGUUCCAGUGCCAAGCCAACGUUCCUUAUUUCAACGGCGACAUCUGCGUGGAGAAGGAGGACGUCUGCUGUACCCAAGGUUGCAGGCCAUUCUGCGAGUCCUCCGCUGGCCUUGCUCAGGAUCCUCUCGACUGCAGAAAGUACUACAACUGCUCGGCCGGCGAUCUGGGGGCGCCGCUGUCGUGUUUGGAGGGCAGCACUUUCGACCCCGCGAUCGGCCAGUGCGUCGAGGGCAGGCCUUGUCGGGACUGCGGUGGCGGUUCGGGCGUCACCGAUACCUCCGUCAUAGUCCCGGCCGAUACCACUAUCACCGCUACCGCACACCCAGCCGAUACCACAAAAGCACCCCCAACAACAACAACAGCACCUCCAGCCGCAAACACAACGACUCCGCCCUCUUGCAACGUCCCCGCUGUUUGUUCAGCAAGUGGGAAUUUCCCGAUAUGUAAUUUCUGCCAUGAGCGGUACUAUUUCUGUCCCAGAGUCGGUGCAAAACCAUCCAUAAUGAAUUGCAUUAAUGAUCUGGUCUUUAACACUGAGCUGUCCUAUCCCUACUGUAUAUUAAGGGAUAUUUGUCCUUUUACGUCAUCAGGAUAGUAAGCGAUAUAUUUUUUUAGUUUUAUUAUUGUUGUUGAUAGUUUUUUCACUUCAUUUUUCCGUUAAGUUGUAUGGAGGAGCUAAUAAUAUCUGAUAAUGAUC